CCAUUAAGAGCUUUUUUUUGGGGUCACAUAUAGAGGAGAGCAGCUCAGCUCAGCUCAGCUUAUUCCUUUUGCUUACUUUAAAGCCACGCGCAAACGCGAGCAGAAACACACUUGCUCACUUCCUCUUGCCUUCAUCUUCAUCUUCAUCUUCUCUCCCUCCUCCUACUUCCUCUUGCCCCAUCUCCACUUCAAGCAAUGCGGGGAGGGCAUUGACCAUUAGCUUGUCUAUCUCUAUCCAUUGUUCACCAGUGCCGCCACCGAUCGACCUCCAACUCUUUCUUCUUUCUCGUCGAUCUAUCUCUAGCUAGCCAGAUAGCUUGGCUCUGCAGGAUGACCAACAACAACUGCAAUGGCAAUGGCGGCAGCAACGCGGCGGCGAGUGGCUGGCUGGGCUUCUCGCUCUCACCGCACAUGGACGAACACAACCACGUGCAGCAGCAACAACAGCACCAGGGCCUAUUCUACCCCAGCUCCGUCGCCGCCGCCUACAGCCUCGGCGGCGACGUCGCCACCGGCGGCUACUAUUCGCAGCUAGCCUCCAUGCCUCUCAAGUCAGACGGCUCCCUCUGCAUCAUGGAAGCUCUGCGCCGAACCGAUCAACAAGAUCACAACGGGCCGAAGCUGGAGGACUUUCUGGGCGCGGGGCAGCCGGCGAUGGCGCUGAGCCUGGACAACACCUCCAACUUUUAUUACUACGGCGGCGGUGGCGGAGCCGGUGGGCAACACGGACAGAGCCACGGCGGCUGCUUCCUGCAGCAAGCAUACGACGUGUACGGCGGGCCCGCGACAGCAUCGGUGCUGGCUGCCGACGAGGACGCCGCAGCUGCCACGGCCAUGGCGAACUGGGUGCAGGUCGCGCGCGGUGCCACAGCGUACGCGACAGCCGAGAACGUCUUGUCCGCGGCGGCAGACCGGCAGCAGCAUCUUCACCACCACCCUCUGGCACUCUCCAUGAGCUCCGCCGGGUCGCUCUCCAGCUGCGUUACCGCGGGGGCCGAGUACGGCGGCGUCGUGGCGACGGUGGACGGCGGGCGAAAGCGCGGCGGCGCAACGGCGGGGCAGAAGCAGCCGGUGCACCACCGCAAGUCCAUCGACACGUUCGGGCAGCGCACGUCGCAGUACCGUGGCGUCACCAGCAGGCAUAGGUGGACGGGGCGGUAUGAGGCGCACCUGUGGGACAACAGCUGCAAGAAGGAAGGCCAGACCAGGAAAGGGAGGCAAGUUUACCUCGGAGGGUAUGACAUGGAGGAGAAGGCGGCGAGAGCCUACGACCAGGCGGCGCUCAAGUACUGGGGCCCUUCCACCCAUAUCAACUUCCCGCUCGAGGACUACCAGCAGGAGCUGGAGGAGAUGAAGAACAUGACGAGGCAGGAGUACGUGGCACACCUCAGAAGGAAGAGCAGCGGCUUCUCGCGCGGCGCGUCCAUGUACCGUGGCGUGACCCGGCACCACCAGCACGGGCGGUGGCAGGCGCGCAUCGGCCGCGUCUCCGGCAACAAGGACCUCUACCUCGGCACUUUCGGCACCCAGGAGGAGGCCGCGGAGGCGUACGACAUCGCCGCCAUCAAGUUCCGGGGCCUCAACGCCGUCACCAACUUCGACAUCACCCGCUACGACGUCGACAAGAUCAUGGCCAGCAACACGCUCCUCCCGGGCGAGCUCGCCAGGCGCAACAAGGACGCCAACGCCGCGCCCCUGCCCCUUCCCGCCCCCGACGACUGCGCCGCCUCUGCCCUGGUGCCCGUGUCCACUCCGGGCACGGACACCGGCGGCAGCGGCCAGCACCGCCACCACGACGUCAUGUCCUCGGGCGAGGCCUUCUCGGCGCUGCACGACCUGGUCACCGUGGACGGCCACACCGCGCAGGGCGGCAACGGCGCGCACGUGCACAUGUCGAUGUCGGGCGCAUCGUCGCUGGUGACGAGCCUGAGCAACUCCCGCGAGGGGAGCCCAGACCGGGGCGGCGGCCUGUCCAUGCUCUUCGCCAAGCCGCCGCAGCAGCCGGCCACGACAACGGCGGCGUCCCCGAAGCUGAUGAGCACUCUGGCGCCGCUGGGCUCCUGGGCGUCGUCGGCGAGGCCGGCCGCCGUUUCCAUCGCUCACAUGCCCAUGUUCGCCGCGUGGAGCGACGCUUGAAUGAUCACUCGGUCUGAUAUGUACCAAGCCCACGGCGCAUGCAUGGCAUGACAAUGGCGUGCAGUUUUUAGUUAGUAGGUCGGCGACGUGAUUAAGGAUUAGCAACGUAGUAAUUGGCUGCAGUUGGUGGUGUAGUAAUAGUAGUAGCAUUAGCGGUACUAUCGAGAUUACUCCUACGAUGUAAGAUCGAGGAAAUGCACGGUGUGGCCUCCCUUGUUUCCUUCUUCACCGGUGGAGAAGGGGUUUUGUAAAAUGGAGGCCACCGGUGCAUCUCUUCCAAAUCCCAAAAUCAAAUAUUAUAGCUAGCUAGCUCCACUAAUUGAAGUUUCAUUGUUGGUAACCAUUUCA